AUGUUGAGUAGUAAUUGGCGCAAUGGUAUCUAAACAGCCUUGACAUUUGAUGAUGUUCUAAUGGUUCCUUAAUAUUCAACAAUUGAGAGUAGAACUAAUUGCUUAGUUGAAACUCACUGUAGUUAAAAUAUCAAACUUAAAAUACCCUUUAUAAGUAGCCCUAUGGAUACAGUUACUGAAACUGAAAUGGCAAUUCAUAUGGCAGGAAAUGGUGGAUUGGGUGUAAUCCAUAGAUUCAUGACAGCUAAUGAAUAAGUUGAAUAAAUUAAAAAAGUUAAACGAUCAGAAGCAUAUAUUAAAAAUAGACCUUUUGUUGUUGGUCUAAAUUUCACCCUUAAUAAAGUCUUAAGUUUAGCUGAUGAAUGGAAAUGUAAGACAUUUUUAGUCACUGAUGAUAAUUUAAUUGAACACAAUGAAGAUUAUGAGGAAACUGAUGAAACAGGUUCUCCUCGUUACAAAUCCUUGCCUUUAUUAGGAAUUAUCACUAACAGAGAUUGUUAUGAAUAACCAUUAACAAAAUUAGUAAAAGAAUUGAUGACUCCAAGAGAAAAGUUAGUCACUCUUCAUUAUUUAGAUGUCAGCAAAGAAAAUGCAAGAUAAAAAAUGUUAUCUCAUAAAUUAGAGAAAUUACCUGUGGUUGAUGAUAAAAAUAAUAUUAAAGGAUUGAUUAAUUUAAAAGAUUUAAAAAUUGAUUCAGAACUAAAAGUUCUUGAUUAAAUGGGUAGAUUAAUAGUUGGAGGAGCAGUGGGUGCAACAGAUGAAGAAAUCACAAGAGCUAAAAGAUUAGUCAAUAGUGGUUGUGAUGUAAUUGUAUUAGAUGUUGCUAAUGGACAUUCUUAAUUAGCAAUAAGAACAGUUGAAUAAUUAAAAAAGGAAGUUUCAGUUGAUAUUAUAGCUGGUUCUAUUGCAACAGGAGAUGGUGCUAGAAGAUUGAUAUAAGCAGGUGCAGAUGGUAUUAGAUGUGGAAUUGGUAAUGGAUCUAUUUGUAUCACAAGAGUUGUGUCAGGUUGUGGUGUUCCAUAAUUUAGUGCAUUAAUGGAUGUAGCUCCUGUUUGUAAGGAAUAUAAUAUUCCAUUAAUGUCUGAUGGUGGUAAUAAGAAUAGUGGAAAUAUGUGUAAGGCUUUGGCUGUUGGAGCAGAUUGCAUUAUGCUUGGUAGAUUAUUAGCAGGUUGUUAAGAAUCUCCAUCCAAAGAAAUUUAUAGAGAAGGAAAGAUUUUAAAAGUUUAUAGAGGAAUGGCUGGUUUUGGUGCUAAUGUUUCUAAAGCAUAAAGAACUGGUAAAGAUGAACCUUCAAGCACAACCUUUGCACCUGAAGGAGUUGAAGGAUACAUUCCAUUUGCAGGGGUAAUAUAUUUCAUUUAUAAACAUAGAAAGUAUCUAUUGUAUUAGAAUAAUUUAAAAAAGGUAUCCAAUCAGGUAUGAGUUAUUGUGGUGCUUCUAAUAUUGCUGAAUUAUAAAAGAAUGUUUAAUUUAUUCAAAUGACAAAUGCAGGUUUUGUAGAAAGUGGUGUACAUGGAAUAACAAAAAUAUGA